AUGGGUAAAGAUACAGUAAUAGGAAUUGUCGGCAAACCUUCCAGCGGAAAAUCGACAACACUUAAUGCCUUGACCGAUGCCAACGCCAAAGUUGGUGCGUUUCCAUUUACUACUAUAGACCCUAACAAGGCGACAGGAUACUUGGAAGUGGAUUGUGCGUGUAAAAGAUUCGGAAAGAGCGAUAUAUGUAAACCAAACUACGGUUACUGCAGAGAUGGCAAAAGAGGAGUUCCUAUCAUGCUUUUAGAUGUUGCUGGGUUGGUUCCGAAUGCUCACUUGGGAAGGGGAUUGGGGAACAAGUUUCUCAGUGAUUUGACCGAGGCCGACUGUCUUCUUCAUAUUGUGGAUGCAAGUGGCACUACUGAUGCCGAAGGAAAGGAAACUAGAGGCUAUGAUCCGCUCAAGGAUAUUGAAUGGCUCCAAGACGAGAUCUUCAAGUGGAUUUUGGGGAACUUGACAGAAAAAUGGGGCUCUGUAGUCAGACGUCAUACUGCCACCAAGUCGACCACGUUAGAGACACUUAGACAGCAACUAGGAGGCUAUUAUGCCAACAAACAGUUAAUUGGAAAGGCAUUAGACACUAUACCUAAUCUACCGCCUUUGCAAGAAUGGGACACAGAGAUGGUCGAGAGAGUCGUCAGAGCUUUCAUGUCGGUCAAAUUCCCUACUGUGCUUGCGUUGAACAAAAUGGACCAUCCAGACGCCGACAAAAAUGUGUCGAAGAUCAUGCUCAAAUACCCUGAUCUGAAGUGCGUGCUCACAUCGUCACUCACUGAGGUUCUUCUAAGGAAGUUGGCUAAGCAAAACUUCAUCAAGUAUGACCUGGGCACCGAAUUUGUUGACACAGCAGAGGAUCUUCCAGACGCAGGGUUGCGUGAAAUGGACGAAAAGCUCCAAAACAGAAUAGAAAAUAUUAGAGAUUUGGUUCUCUACAGAUUUGGCUCUACAGGUGUUGUACAGCUUUUGCAAGCCGCAGCUGAAGUUUUAGACCUAGUGCCCGUGUUCCCUGUGAGGAACAUACAGUCUUUCACGGGCAGUUCAGGCAGUCUUGUUUUCAGAGACUGCGUCUUGGUGAAGCGUGGCCUGUCGGUGAUAUCGGUUGCGAGAAAGAUCAUGGGCGAUGUGACAAUUGCGGCCAUUGAGGGUGUGGGUGGUCUUCGUGUAGGGGAGGAAGACACAAUUGAUGUGGGGAAGAAUGAUAUUCUCUCGUUCAAAUUGGUGCCUGGUGGUCACUAA